AUGGCACCCUUUUUCGGUCAUAAGCGUCGUAGCUCUAGGCAGCACGAAGACGAUCAUCCCGAACAAAUGACGACAGAAGUGAAACUGGAGCCCUCGCCAGAGUGCAAGUUGCUACCGGCCAGGAAAAUUGACUCGGCUGAUGAGGAAAAAAUCCAAGCUCUAGCGGAAUGCAUCCGGGACUACCGAGCGACUAAUCCGUGCAGUCCUGAUUACGAUGAAUAUGAACAGAAAUGGUUUAUGGAUCCCCUGAUGUAUUUGCGUGUUUUGCGUUCUGUUCGUGGUGACAUGAAGCACGCCAAGAAGCGUAUUCUUGAAACGCUACAGUGGCGCCGAGACUACCGUCCGGACUUGAUUCCACCUGACGAAGUUGCGCCAGAGGCUGAAACCGGUAAGCAUGUCAUCAAUGGAUUCGAUAAGGAGUCUCGCCCCAUCAUAUACCUUCGUCCAGGCCGUGAAAACACCAAGGCGUCACCACGUCAGAUUCGGUACCUAGUGUGGACGCUUGAACGUGCGAUUGAUUUGUUGCAACCGGACCAAGAGACUCUCACAAUCGUUGUCGAUUUCCACGACACACACUUGUCGUCGAUGCCAUCUCUCGGCACGGCUCGGCACGUUGCGCACAUUCUUCAGACGUAUUAUGUUGAGCGUCUUGGCCGUGCUUUUGUGUGCAACUCGCCGCGGUUCAUUUCUGCAUUCUUCUCGGCGCUAUCGCCAUUUCUGGACGCCGUCACGAAGGACAAAAUUCGCUUCAACUACCCAGAUAUGACUGAUUUCAUUCCACCUGACCAGCUUGAUGCUCAGUUCACUGGUGGCCAGUACUAUUACAAGUUUGAUUUCCCUACAUACUGGAACGCUUUGGUGCAGCGCUGUGGCAUUGCUCCUGAUGGCACACACCGCAAGUAA